AUGAUGCUCCCUUCGCUCUACCCAACGUCUCGGAUAUUCUGCUUGCCAGUGGAAAUCGUAAUCCCCAUCCUCAGAAACCUCGACUGCAAGGACUUGCUGGCCUGCAGGGUGGUAAGCAGUUGGAGUGCACUCCCGCCUGUUUGCAGGGCGUUCAGCGACGUGAUCAAACAUUCCCUCGAGCUGCAGUACAAGAUCGAACUGGCCGCAGACGGGCUCGUGGACGGCAUAGGUGUCAACCUCACUACAGCUGAACGCCUUGCGCUCCUACUCGACCGGAGAAAGCGAUGGCGGAUGUUGGACUGGACAAGCCGUCUUGCGGUCUCGGUCCCAGGUGCUUGUCAAGCAUACGAGCUUGUCGACGGCGUGUUCGCCAAGUCGAUGAUGAGCGGAGGGCCGCUCUAUGGACCCGGCUCUCACCACCUCAACGCGACGUGGCUCCCAACGCGUUCCCAGCGUGCACGGAGCUUGGUUCGGGAGGACAUCGGAGUAGCGACGAGGGACUUCGCAAUAGACCCCUCACAGGACCUCAUAGCGUUCGUAGACGCGGAGAACGGUGAAAACUCUCAGACCCGGAUUAAGGUGUACCUCCGUACGAUCAGCACGAAUGCACGACACCCGCACGCUGCGCUGCCGGAGCUCGUGUCGCCGAUACCAUCCGACCUGGGAAGUUCAUUCAUCCAGAUCGUCGACGAUGUCGUCGGGAUGUUCUUCUGGAUGCACGGGCCGGGGCUGAUCAUCUGGAACUGGCACACUGCCGAGAUGAUCGUCAGACACACCAGCGACAGUAUGCCUGCGAGCACCUGGGACUUCUCCUUCCUCUCAAACCGCACCUACAUGAUAACGGCGACGUCCGGCGCGGGCACGAUCGAGCUAUACAGCUUCAAUGGGCGGCCGGACCCUGCGUCGCCCUCGGGCGACACGUCCGUGCACGUCGCGACGCUGCGGCUGCCCCCUCUCCGGGUCGGGCACGAGCCGCACCACUUCGCGACGCACUCGGGCCCAUUCGUGCGGUACCAGACGCCGGGGCGUGCGUUCGGCACCGCGCGCGAGAGCCGGGUGCAUCUGAUGUCGCUCCACUACGGCGAGCGUGGGCCCCGGUUCCACAUGUUUGUGCUGAACAGGUUCUUGCUGUCGUUCUUCCCGCGGGAGGGAGAGGUGCGCCCGUGGAGCGUGCAUGGCUGGGAUGCGUGGGGGCCGAAGAACACGCGGUUCCUGGAGCAUAACGUGAACUUCCAGUGGCUCAGAUACGUGCACGGGUCUCGCGUCGCGCUUCCGCCAUUUUUCAACACGUGGCCGGUGCUGGAGUCGACGAUCUGCGUACUCGACUUCAACGUCCAUCCCAAGCGGAUCGACCACACCGUUAUGUCGGACGGAGACCGAAACCAGUACCAGCUCGUCACCGACUCCUCGUGUGUCCCGGCUGGUGCGGUCUUUGAAGAGGACGUGGUUACGUCCCUGCCCUACGCAGCGUCGACACGGUCAGGCAAGUUCCAGUACUCUGGAUUCAUGAUCGAUGAUGAAAGGAUCAUUGGGAUGAAGAGCAUAUACAACGCAGGCGAUAUGUCUGGAGCAACAGACAAGUCAGCCGAAAUCCUAGUUUCCGUCCCUGACUGCGUCGCCACUCACGUCCUCGGCGAAACGACUGCGGAACUGGCUCAUGGCGACCUCAUCCUCAUGCUGACGAAGUCGUCGGAUGUCUCUGCGCCGGCAGCACCGUCUGCGAACGGAACCAGCCAGCAGCCGUUGCUGACGCUAACGGUCGGGGGCGCUGCAUUCCCUUUGUUCAAGACGACGACUUUCGGGACAAUAAAUGAUGACGAGAGGGUGUAUGUGUUCACGCCCGAGAUUGGAGGAGAAGUCGGAGGCUACGUGAGGAUCACCCUGCCGGAAGGUGUCACAGUGCAAGGGUCGCCUUUCGAGAAACUGCAGACGCAGUUUGAAGAGAUCCUCGUACACCACGGCUUGUUGAAGGAGGGUAUAGAGGCUGUGGCGGACGAGCUCGGAAAGAGCAUGCGAGAGGACUCGGCAAACGUAGCGCAGAGCGUUCGGAAGUCUACAUCCGACUACUCAGCGGGCAAUCCGCCGACGGACGCCCCCCUUCCAAUUCCUGACGCGUUACAUUCAGCAGCGUCCACUAGCGCGGCAGGCACAGGCACACUCGCUUCCGCCGUCGGGGGCGUCACAGGGGCGGUGACCUCCGCAGCGGGACUCGCGGGCGCAUGGAUCGCCUCGCACGUCGUACCGACGACCACGCCCGCAACGCAGACGCUGAGCUCCAUGUCGAACGCCUGGGACACCGCCUCCGACGGUUACGUCGCGGGCACCACGGAGGUCAAGUCGGCGGUGGCGGAUUCGGCUGGUGUGCGCGUGGAGAACGAGUUCGGGCCGGACACCAGAUCAGUGGCGGAGGACACAGGCGCGAGCGUGGAGAACGUGGGCGCGGCGGUCGGGGAUGUGCUCGUGACGGCUAGCGGGCCUGGGUUGGCGACCGCCGGGCUGAAGGGCGCGGCAGGGACACAGCUGAAGGAACAGGAGGAGAAGGACCUGAGAGAGGGCCAGGAGGAGGAGGACGGUAAGCUUGAAGACGUAUCGUUUUGA